CGGGGGCUCUUUAAACUUUACUUCACAGACUGAAAAGAAGUCUUUUUCCACAGGAAAGAGUGCUUGAAAAUUAAAAACCAAAAGAAUAAUUUUCACCAUACCAUACGGAGCCGAGAGGAGACCAUGGCAAAGAAGCAGGUGAUCAUCGACACAGACUGCGGCAUCGACGAUGCUCAGGCAAUAAUGAUGGCGCUAGCAGCUCCUAACAUCCAGGUGGUGGGCAUCACCUGUGUGUUUGGGAACGCCGCUGUGGAGAACGUGUGUCAGAACGUCCUGAGGGUGCUCUCCGUCUGUGAGCGCGAGGGGAUCCCAGUGUUUCGAGGUUCUGGCGGUCCUCUAGUUGGAGCCUUUGAGCCGGUUAGUGACCACUUUGGGACUGACGGACUCGGGGAUGUGAUCAAAGAUAAAGACCCAGAGUGGGAGGAGAAAAUCCAGAGAGAGCAUGCAGUCAAUGCAAUGAUCCGUCUGGUGACUGAAAACCACAAACAGGUCUCCUUGGUGGCCCUCGGCCCGCUCACUAAUCUGGCUUUGGCUGUCAGACUGGAUCCAUGUUUUCCCCAAAAGCUCAAAGAUCUGUACAUUAUGGGUGGCAACAUGGAAGGAAAAGGAAAUGUGACUCUGUGUGCAGAGUUUAACUUUGCAAAGGAUCCGGAGUCUGCUUAUAUUGUUCUUGAAGAAUUCCUGUGCCCUACAUACCUGGCAUCAUGGGAAUACUCGUGCAGGAAUCAACUGACAUGGGACUUCUUUAAAGAGCUGAUCAAUCAGGAUACACCUGCUGCAGCCUUUAUGAAGAAGAUAACAUCCAAAUGCUGGGCGUACUCCAGAACAGCCAUGAAAACCAAGAGAGACAUAUACUUUGGACCUGGCUUCGUCUCAUACGAUGCCUACGCCAUGGCUGCCUGCAUUGACAGCAGCGUGAUAACGGAGAGGAUCGAGUGUCCGGUCCGCGUGGAGCUGCAGGGCUCCAUGUGUCGUGGCAUGUUGGCGCUGGAUCGCACAAACGCGCUGAAGAAGAACCACAGUGUGUUUGUUCUCACCAAGUGUGAUGCUGCCAAGUUUAGUCAGUUACUCAUGGAGUCUCUGAGACAACCCAAGAAGUAAUGAUUCAUGAUAUCCAGUCAUGGAAAAAAUGAUUAGACCAUUGUUUUCUUCAAUUUCUUGUUCAUUUUAAUGCCUGGUACAACUAAAGGUACAUUUGUUUGGAUAAAUAUAAUGAUGAAACAAAA